AUAUAUAUACACAUCAUACACACAUAUAUAUAUACAUGCAUGUAAAAUAUAUAUAUAUUAUACACAUUUGAUCAUAUAUUAAUACACAGUUUGUUUUCUGGGAAAGAGAGGAGAAUGGGUGCAUUUGAUUAUAUCUCUAGCUUUUGUUCAUAUACAUAUUCUAAUGCCAAAACCAAGCGUAAACCAUUGCAGACAGUGGACAUCAAGGUAAAAAUGGACUGUGAUGGUUGUGAAAGAAGAGUUAGAAACGUGGUUCGUCGCAUGAAAGGAGUAAAAUCGGUAGAAGUGAACCGAAAACAGAGCCGGAUAACGGUGAACGGACACGUGGACCCAAACAAGGUGUUGAAGAGAGUGAAGAGCACAGGGAAAAAGGCAGAGUUCUGGCCUUACAUACCUCAGCAUAUGGUCUAUUACCCUUUUGCCCCUGGAAUGUACGACAAACGCGCCCCCGCAGGCCACAUCCGCAAUCCCACACAAGCGUUUCCAGCCGCAAACGCACCUGGCGAAAACUACGUUUCCCUCUUCAGCGACGACAACGUCCACGCCGCUUGUUCCAUCAUGUGAAUUCUGAGAAGAAGACUGAUUAUAAUGUCUAUUUUUCCUCUUUCUGUUUUGUAUACAUAUCUAUUUUGGCUACUUACUAUUCUCAUAAUACAAAAACAGUGAUGUAGAAACUAUGUAAUAACUUAUAGAGACAAUUUUCCAACAGAAUCAAACUAAGACGAUACAAAAAUAAAUUCUGGC